GUAGCCCCUCGUUUGAGAGGGAGAAAAAUGGUGGCUUUUCUAUAAUUUCUAUCUAUUCUGGCUCUAGUCCAGCCAGGUUUUAUUGAUCUGUGCGAGCUUUUCGCAUUUCUGAUGGGUUUUUCUUCUUCUUUUCGUUUAACCGCCUGAAAUAAAUCCUGAAUUUCGCCUAGCAAUUAGUCUAAUGCUUUCCCAAAGGGGAAAAAACUCUUAACGGCUGUAAUUUUACUGAAACAAAGCAAUCCAAUUUUGUUGGAAGUGUACUUAAGGACUUCACUAUGGCUGCUGAGUUGGAUUUUUCACCUCCUGAAAUCCCAGAGCCCACAUUUAUGGAGAACAUCUUACACUAUGGCCUUUUCUUUGGUGCCAUUUUCCAGCUCAUUUGUGUUCUGGCGAUAAUCCUUCCUGUUCCAAAGACAUAUAAAAUGGAUACUGAAAGCUUUGAAACGAAAACUGCUGAAGUAGUCAAGAAACCCAAAAUUGCUGCUAUCUCAGUGAACAAGAAGCUCAAAAAAGAAACAAAGAAGAAACGAUAAAGUGUUAUCAUGAUGAAAUUUUCAUAGCAACCUUAUAGCAACAAGUCAAAUUGCAGUGAAGAGGACGCUGGCGAAAAAUGAACAUCCAAAUAUAUUUGAUAAAGCUGUCCUUAUUCUGGUUUUGAGGAAGUAGAUAACACUUUCUAAAAUGGCUUCAGGUUUAUUGUUUCAUCUGAUCUGUAAUAAAUAACCUGUAAGGUUAGUGAGAAAUAUCUUGCAGUUUGGUUCAGUAACAGGAAAACAAUCUUUUCUUUGGGCAAUGUUUGAGGGACAACUGGAUGAUAGACAUGUCUCAUCACAUCACUCUUUUCCAUUUUUUAAACAGAGGGAUCAAAGACUCUACUACUUUUGUAUGUUGUUAAUAUAAUUGGUUAUAUUAUUCUUUCAAUUUCUUUUAUUGAAAAACAGUCCUAAUAACUGUCUGGAUUUUUUAGCUUUCUUUGAAUUUGAGAAUUGUUUGGCAUUUUACUGUUUCCCUAUUCUUGGGUAUAAUUAAACCAAGUUGUUGAAAUUCUC